AUGCCACGAGGAGCCUGGGUGGUGGCGAUGGUAUUGGUGCUCCUGGCCCAGGGAAAAGCUCAGGAAUGCUCUCCAGGGGGCCACCAGUUUCUUCAAAGUCCAUACAGAAGUGUCCACUUUGACUCCAUGUACCUACAGCAGUCAAAUGCUCAAGAUCUGAUUUGUGACCACUCCCUUGUCCCUGGGUGGUACCGAUUUCUUAUCUAUGACAGACCUGCUGAGAUGCCAACCAAAUGUGUGGAGGUGAACCAUUGUGGAACUCAGGCUCCUAUCUGGCUGUCUCUAGGAGAUUCAGAAACACUGCCUCUUCCUGGGGAAAUCAAGCAAUUGACUGCUUGCGCCACAUGGCAGUUUUUGUUUACAAAGGACUGCUGUCUCUUUCAAAUUCCUGUGACUGUAAGAAACUGUGGAGAUUUUUUUGUAUAUUUUCUACAACCAACUCAGGGUUGUAUGGGUUAUUGUGCAGAAGAUAUUUCUGGUGCAAAAAUGUAUACAUGUGGCCCUGAAGAAAUAGAAAUUGGAGGUAAUUGCAUUAAUCGACUGUCAGUCUCCUCACCACCACCUCCUCCAGGAAGGCCAGAGGUUGUGGUGGAGUUGAUUGAAUCCAAGCUGUUCUGUAGAUGUGCUUUUGAUAUUCCACCAACAAACACCUCAGUGGGAUUUCUCAUAGCCUGGUCUAGACUUUCUUCUCAAGAAAUCAAAGAGGAGCUGAAACAGGAGACCACAAUUCAAGCCUUCUCUCUUUUAGAACUUGAUGGCAUAACUAUCAUACUUGGGGAUAGGAUUUUCUGCAGUGCUUCGGUCUUUUUCUUGGAGAAACCAGAUAUACUAAGUUUGUCCAUUGAAAGCCAAGGAUUUUUUGCAGGCAUUAAGUUACAACCCGAAUUGAGCACUAUAUCUGAAGAUGGGAAGGAACAUUGGCUGAGAAUAGAGAGCACGAUUCCUAUUGUUUGUUCUGGAUUUAGUGAGUUUGAUCAAGAAUGCAAAGUUUCAUUAAAGUUGAAAACAGUUGAUCAAGGUAAUGAACAACUAGGCUUAAAUUUGGCAUUGUCUUCCUGUCAUGUGGACCUGCUCCAGACUUCAUCCUGUAUCAAUGGAACUUGUAGCCAUGCUAUUGUACACUAUAUGGCUGUAACAGACUUUUCCCGAGAUGGAGAUAGAAUUACAAACAUUGAAGUACAGCCUGUGGUCAAGGAGAACUUCUUGUGGAGCAGCUACAUUCCAGAUGGCAUUCAGAUAAAAGUCAAGGAUGUUCCAACUGCUUACUGCUAUUCAUUUACUGACCCCCAUAUAAUUACCUUUGAUGGCAGGGUAUAUGAUAACUUCAAGACUGGAACAUUUGUGCUUUAUAAGAGUACAGCACGUGAUUUUGAAAUCCAUGUGCGCCAGUGGGACUGUGGAAGUCUUCACUAUCCUGUGUCAUGUAACUGUGGGUUUGUUGCCAAAGAAGAAGGUGAUGUAGUUACUUUGGAUAUGUGCAGUGGAAAGUUACAUGAAUUGCAACCAUAUUUAUUUGUAAAGAGCCAUGAUGCAUCCAGCAAUAUCAAGAUAACUGAAUCUUACUUAGGAAGAAAAGUCACAAUUUGGUUUUCUUCUGGAGCAUUCGUCCGUGCUGACCUUAGUGAAUGGGGUGUCAGUCUCACCAUCAGAGCCCCUAGUUCGGAUUACAAGAAGACUUUGGGACUCUGUGGUACCUUCGAUGGAAAUCCUGAAAAUGAUUUCCAUGAUAAAAAUGGAAUCAAAUUGGAUGAAAAUUUUAAUGAUUUUAUUAAGGAAUGGAGGAUUGUACCUGGAGAGAGCAUGUUUGACACUUUGCCAACUUCUCUCACAUAUCCUACAAGACUCUCUUAUUGUAGCUGUUCACUGGGAUCUGCGUCUGAGCACUCAUUUCCUAAUCAUGCUUACAGUGUUUCUCAGCCAGAAAUUGCUUCUGUUUGUGAAGAUAUCAGACAUGUUCUGUUCUCCUCUUUGAUACCAGAACUAGAUGUCACUUCAGAAUACAUUAAGACUUCUGAGGACUUGAACCUAGAAGCUCUUGACAGAGGAAUAAAUAAGCACACAUCUGGAGAUGAAAAUAAGUUGGAUUUCUUGUUGCAAGAAACAAUGUUUGCAAACCUAACCAAACUGGACUUGAAUUUACAACAUCCUGGGAAUGGAAAACAAGAUGCACCAGAAUAUUUGGACAAGGAGAGAAAGAACCAAGAGAGUUACAGCCAAGACUUGAAGUGGAAUCAGCUACACCGAUGGAAACGACAAAACGUUAAUGAAUUUCUGCUUUCGCUGGCUUUUCAAAGUCACAAUCAAAUGAACCUGGAAAAGUUUUCUUACUUUUUCCCUGAGGAUCAUGUCGAAGAUGCCCAUCUAGAAUUUGUCCCCUCGUGGCCCACACCUUCUGGUCUUACCAAAUCCAGCACCUUGGCUCUCUGUCAGCAGACACUAGCCAACUCCAGCAUAGGAAGGCUCUGUCUUGCUUUUCUUGGCAAGAGACUAGGUCAGGCCAUUGACAUGUGCAUUAAGGAUGUUCUUCUAAAAGAUGAUGCUAGCUGGGCAGAAGCCAGUCUGGCGCUUCUGGAAAAUGAAUGUGAAAAGAGAGUUUCAGAAGAGAGAAAAUGGAACAAGGAAGAACUUGAAGACGUUCUCCUGGUAUUAAAAUGCCCAGGCUUAUGCAGUGGCAAUGGGCAGUGUAUGGAAUGGGGAUGUGUGUGUUUUCCUGGCUUUAGUUCCUACGAUUGCAGUAAAUUAUAUGAUAAGACCCCUGAAAUAACUGAACUUGAGAAUGCUGGAUUCUGUGAUGUUCAGAGAUAUAACUGUGUGAUGGUCAGAGUUUUUGGUGAAGACUUCAAGACUUCCAUUAAGUGUGAAGUUACCAAGCUGCAAUAUAAUGGCCAUAAAUGGGUGCUGGGAGAAUCCAUCUCUGUUCAGACGAUCUUUCAGAACAACAGAACUGUUGAUUGUCACUUACCAACUGAGGUCCAGCAGGCUAAUACCAUGGAUCUGAUGGGUGAGAACUCAGUUGUGAAGUGGCAGUUAAAGGUGUCUAAUGAUGGUUACAAAUAUAGUAAUCCCAAAGUAUUGGUCAUAUACAAUGGAACUUGUCAAAUUUGUGGUCCCUAUGAAAAUGACUCAUGUACUAUGAAGGAAAAUGUUUGUGUUAUAGAUGGGCUCUGCUACGCUGAAGGCGACAAAAAUCCAACUAUGUCAUGUUUGAUUUGUAAACCACAAACCUCAAACUUUACUUGGUCCCAUUUAGAAAGAAACCAGCCUCCUAUGAUUCAAUCCUUGCAAGACAAAAUACAGACCUUUUAUGGAGAAAACUUUGAGUACCAGAUCAUGGCCCUGGAUCUAGAAGGUUCUGAGAUCCAUUUUACAUUGGAUUCUGGUCCUGAAGGAGCAAGUAUUUCUUCUGCAGGACUUCUUACAUGGAAAGCAGAGGCACAGAUUCCCCCACCAUUCUCCAUACGCCUUCAGGAUGACUGUGGUGCUGAGGCAAAUGUCAAUAUUCAGGUGGCUGUAAAAUCUUGUGACUGCUUGAAUGGUGGAUUGUGUGAGUCCGAUAGGAGCUUUCCUCCAGGGAGUGGCGCAUACUUGUGUGUCUGCUUGCCUGGCUUCCAGGGUGGUCGUUGUGAAGAGGAUGUCAGUCAGUGCCAAUCAAACCCUUGUGGCCUUGGCAGAUGUCAUAGAGGUUUUGAAAGCUAUUCUUGUGAGUGUCCACCUGAGUUCAAAGUUGAAACACAUCUUUUAAAUGAAAUUACUACACAAACUAUGGUUGUCACAAGGUCUGACAAAAGCUUAAUUAAGGAAAAGGAUAGUGAAAUCUCCAAACAGAGAGAAAGCUAUGUUCAGCCAACAAACGGAUAUCGCUCUACUAUUUGUCGACAUCCUUGUGGGAAAGACAGAGAAUGUGUGGCCCCCAACACGUGCAGGUGUAAAGCAGGCUACGUUGGUUCUAACUGCCAAACUGCAAUAUGUCACCCUGCUUGCAAAAACCAUGGAAAAUGUGUAAAGCCUCACAUUUGUGAAUGCCCUCCAGGAUAUGGUGGAGCUACCUGCACUGAAGAACAUUGCAACCCUCCUUGUCAACAUGGUGGUACAUGCUUGUCUGGCAACCUCUGCACUUGUGCUUACGGUUUUGUGGGACCCAGGUGUGAAACAAAGGUUUGUAACAGGCACUGUGAAAAUGCAGGUGAAUGUCUUGAACCAGAUGUUUGCCAGUGCAAGCCAGGCUGGUAUGGACCCACCUGCAAUACAGCUUUGUGUGAGCCCAUUUGCCUCAAUGGUGGUUCCUGUUACAAGCCAAACACUUGUCUCUGCCCGAACGGAUUCUUUGGAGCACAGUGUCAGAAUGCCAUCUGUCACCCUCCCUGCAAGAAUGGUGGCCUCUGCCUGAGAGACAACGUGUGCGUCUGUCGUAGAGGAUACACUGGAAAGAGAUGCCAGAAAAGUAUCUGUGACCCUAUGUGUAUGAAUGGAGGCAGAUGUGUGCGUCCAAACAUUUGCUCGUGCCCUUCUGGUUGGAGUGGGAAACGAUGCAGCAGACCAACCUGCUUUCAGAAAUGUAAAAAUGGAGGUGACUGCAUUGCUCCUGGGGUGUGCCACUGUCCUUCGGCAUGGGAAGGGGAGCAGUGUCAAAUACCAAUUUGUAAUCUAAAGUGUCUUUAUGGAGGCCGAUGUGCAUUUCCCAAUGUGUGCUCUUGCCGCUCUGGAUAUUCUGGGGUCAAAUGUGAAAAGAAAAUACAGCUUUCCAAAAGAGAAUUCAGUCUGACUAAUCAGCCUAUGGCUUUUCUUCCAGCACCUGGAGCUAGUAGAUAA